UUAAAGGUUUCUAGAUAUUUUUUCUUUCAGUGUCAAAUUUAUAUGUUUAAUAGAUUUAGUGCUUCCUAGUUUUACUGUUUUUGUAGUCCGCUUUAAGUGCUUGUUGCCAAGGAAGGACCUCAAUAUUUAUUGGCGUUCUGGAGCUCCGGCUACCAUGAACGCUAGCUACUGGAACUAUCGCAGAUAUAAGAAAGCCCGUCGGAAGUUUGCUAUUAAAUCUUAUUUCCUAUUAAGCGUAUGGCUUUUACUGGGUAUAAUACAAUGGUGCAUUGUCUGCCUUAUUGAUCGCAUAAGAAAAAUAUUCUACGACCAUUAUGUAAUAAGCACCAUUACAUUUGUAGUAGCGCUUUUGCUCUUAUAUAUCUAUUUAUGUAUUGAGAGGCUACGCUUUGUCAAAUGUCUUAACGUUCUGAUCUGCGUAUUAAUUGUUGAGCUGCAAAUAAUAUCCCUUUUCGCAUUGGUUGCAGGAGUAUAUUGGCCCGAUCUGAUUUCCUUUUUUGCAUUAUGUGUUCUUGUAUUGUUUAUGGCUAUAUUUGUUGGCUCUAUACUUCCAAGACGAAUUGACUUAACUCAAAAUGUGGCAGUGCUUUUCAUUUUCGGCUUCUUUUGCGUUUUGGGUGCAAUAUUCAUUCUCAUGUGCAGUUUUCUGAUACCAGAAAAAAAACCAGGUCACAUUCUUUACAAAGAAUUUGGAAGUUUUCUCAUCUUUGAAAUUUUAAUUUCCGUGAUGAUUCUUGUUUUUGUCAUGUACCAUGCACAAACUAUUCAAGGAAGCCGAUUUGCGGAGAUGCGACUCAAUGAUUUCUUGCUGGCAUCGCUAAUUCUCUUUCAUGACUUUCUUAUCAUUUAUUGGCUGACAUUCUACUGGCAAUACAAGGAAAAACCCUUCACACCCGACAAAAGUUUACGAACAACGUCAGACUCAACCGGAAGAAGAAUUCUUGGAAAACAUACUGCUGCAAUACCCGGUGAUGCAGAGAAUACUAUCCAAACUGUCAUUGAAGUAACGGACGAUUAUUACGAUGCUACUAUUGUCACAUCCAGUAAAGCUAGUGAAGUCGAAUCUAGUAUUGAAGUAUCAAAGUCUACAGAUGUCGAUUAUUACUUCGAUAUUAGGGAAGUCCCUUUAGCAAUGACAUACGAUUCUAGCGAUACUAUUUUUGGAAUAACCGGCGAUACUGGCGAUGAACCAUCAGAAUCCUUUGGUGAUGAAAGCAUAAUGUCCAAUAAUAAACCUGAAGUUAAGGUCCUGUAUGCUCCUCAGCACACAUCAGAACCACUAACAAUAACUUUUGACUUUAUGAAGGACGAUAUUGCAAGAGCAUCGAAGUCAAUGAUUCAAAGAAGCUGGGAUCGUAUAACAAAAGAUGAUAGUGACAUGUUUAUUAACAUUAAAAAGCCAACUGAUAAUCAUAUAUCUACUGAAGAGCUACGUCGCUAUAACGUUGAAGAAACUGAAAUCGAGUAUAUGUGACAAGUAUUUAUUUAUGAUUUACUUUUAGAAUUAAAAAAAGUAAUGAAUGUAAUGAUGUUUAAAAAAUUACCUUAUAUUAUAUAUGACAAUAUGACAAAAUUUAAAAUAUUCCAGAUACUUUUCCGUUCAAUGUCAA